CUCUGAACGCUAUUGCGUUAUUAUAUCUUUAAUACCUGCUACACUAUAUGGUGACAGGCUACAUAACAUUUAUUGGUUUGGUAACAUGUAGUGCUUUUGAUGUGCUUGUCGCGAAAUAUCUUUAGAGGAGCAAGCUGAAUGCAAUGUUGUCAUUUGUAAAUAUUGCAAUGACAUUUCUGUCUCAAAUUGUCAUCAAGUAUCAAUAUACUAGUUAGUGUUGUAAAAGCUAAUUUACUGCAGUUAGUUAUUGGUUGAUCAUGAAAAAAAAUUGGGAUGUGCAGGGCGUCAGAUUUUCCAAGGGAAUAUGAUGGUGCGUGCCUUCAGAUGAGAAUGUCGUACAGUCCGGCAGCGCACUUGUUUCUUUUUCUGGUGCAAUGGACAGAUUGUCAUCUUGCUGGAGCCCUUGGACUGUUAAGAAUCCUAAUUUACAAGGUCUAUGUGGAUGGGACAACCACCAUGUCUACACAUGAAAGAAAAGCAAGUAUUAGAGAAUUCUAUGCGGUCAUUUAUCCCUCUUUAUUGCAACUUCAGAAAGGUAUCACUGACACUGAGGAUAAGAAGCAAAAGGCUGUAUGCAUGGAGAGGUAUCGCAGAAGAGAUGAUGAGGAUUAUAGACAGUCUUCUGACAUAGACAUUGAAAGAGAAGAUGAAUGUGGAAUAUGCAUGGACAUGAAUACUAAGAUUGUGUUACCCAACUGCAACCAUGCCAUGUGCCUGAAAUGUUACCGAGAAUGGCGAACUAUAUCACAAUCAUGCCCAUUUUGCCGUGACAGUCUGAAGAGAGUGAACUCAGGUGAUCUGUGGGUAUUCACUGAUAGGAGGGAUGUGGUAGACAUGGCAACAGUGACAAGGGAGAAUCUGAGAAGGCUUUUCAUGUACAUAGAUAAGUUGCCUUUGAUUGUUCCAGACUCCCUUUUUGAUGCUUAUGACUCUCACAUACGGUAAGUGAUUGCAACAGACAGAUUUUAAUGUAUGCUGUUGUUGUCUUGGAUCCCUUGUUCCAGUUGAAGUUAGUGACAUAAAAGCCAGAAGCGGAGUCGGCUAAUUGAGUUGUUAUUAUAGAGUUGCAGUACUUGCUUCCCACUUCUGGUGGCAGAAGUAUCCAGCCCUUGUGAUAUUGUGGACUGGUGGUGAAGUUGAGAUGGUAAAUUGUAUCUAUCUAGUUAGCUCAUUUGUAUAUCCCUGUACAGAUCAAAUCAAUCACUUAUUAACAAGAGAUUUGCACAUUCCGUUCUUGUCAUUAAGGUGUGAAUCUCUUGCGAAACUCUUUUAUUUUUCAUCAUCAAUGAAUGUAUUUAACGGAAUGUCUGUAAUGUGUUCUGUAGUUUAUGUAUAUGCAUUAAGGCCACCUUAUAACAA